AUGCAAUCGAAUGAAAAAUACAGCUCUUCAUCUCAAAAUGAAAUUCAUUUACCAUUGCAAAGACGAUCGCUAGAAGGUAAGAAUCAACCAUCUGAACGGUUACUUCAAAAAUCUAACACAAUGUUCUCAUCAAUCAAUGAAAAUCAGUAUAUUUCGGAUGUAACACAUCAUUCCAGUACAUCAGUAUCAGUCAGUAAUCAGAAAGCUGUCAAUAGUGUAACGUCUAACUCUUUAUCAUGUCAAACAUGGAGAUGUCCGCAAUGUUCCAUUGAAUUUCAAUUACCAUUCAUUCAAAAUACUCCAGAAAUUCAUCAAAAUAAUCAACAAAGCAUAAGGAUAAGAACAAACCCAUGGAUAAGUUAUCCUCCAUUAGAUUUUAAAAAUGCUAAGAUGUCAUAUACAAUGACAUCUCCACUUUCUAUUUCAAGUUCACUCACUGAUAGUGGUAUUUACAUAUGUACAGACAGUGGUUCACGAUGUGAGCACAUUACUCGAUCAACAACUGAAACAGAAAUCAAUAAAAAUAAUACACUUUUUGCACGUGUAAAUGAUCCACCCAUCAUACCAAUCUCUCCAGAUCCACCACCAUCACCUGCACCUAAAUGUUCUGACAGCAUAAUAGCUCUAGAAUAUUUAAGUCAAAGUGAUAUAUCAUUUGAAGAAAAUCAGACGGUUACUUCAUCAAAGUAUUCAAAGGGCACUUGUAGCGGCAUUUGUAAAUCAGCCACAUUUGACUUAUGCAAUUUGGAAAGUAAUAAAGAUAUAUCGGAUUAUAAACCAAGAAAAUUACUAACCAAAAGAAUGAGAAAUCACCUGAGAAAUUCAUGGCUGCAUAAAAUUACUGGAUCUACAACGAAAUUAUUAACGUCAACUCUCUUUCAUCAUAUACCUUCAUCAUCAUCAUCAUCAUCUUCACCGUUAUCCGAUUGUGAAUUAAAUACUAACUUUGGUGAGAAGUUGUCAUGUUUCACCAGUGGAGAGACAUUAACUCCUAGUGAAAGACACAAAUUUUCAUGUUCAAACCUAAACACCUUCGAUUUAAUUUAUACAAAUCCUGACAGGCUGUUAAGCAAAGCCAUAAAUGAAUCUGAAACCUGUACUGCUCAAGUAAGUCAGCGUAGCCAAGCAAUGUUAAGCUCUCUAAUUGAAGACAUAGAUCCAGACAUUCGAGCCACAUUUAAUCUAAGUCGCUCACUAGAUCCAAUUAUUAAAAGUAUUCAUGAGGAUGAUUUAAGUGACACACUUUAUGAAGAUAUACAGCUUGAAAAUUUAAGAACAAGUUUAAAAAUUCUCUCAGAAGCUAAAAAUGUUAUUAAUGCACAAAUGAGAAAUUUGGGUCAAAGUUAUAUAAACUAUUUAAAGAAUAAGUAUUCAGUAGGAGCAGAAAUGAAUGCUCAACACUUUGAUACAAAGAAAGAACCUUCAGAUUACACAAGUCAUAAAUAA